GAUGACCAGAUCUGAAGAUAGGAAUUUGUAAUAUAUAGUGGUAGGAUUCGCACUUUUCUUAGUUCUCAUUGUGCUGUUCGAGAGAAAAAUCAUAAUGAAGUUCUUGGUUCUUCUGGUUUCUCUAGUUUUGGCAGUUAAUGCCGCAACUGACAAAGAGCAGUGGUUGGAAUUCAAGCAAAAAUUUGGACGAGACUACAGAAACCUAAGAGAGGAACAGCAGCGAUUCUCCAUCUUCCAAGACAACUUGCGCGUCAUCGAAACACACAAUGCGAAAUACGCCAAAGGGGAAUCAUCCUACUACAUGGGAAUCAACCAGUUCACUGAUAUGACCCCGGUUGAGUUCAAGGUCACGUUGAACAGGAGCGCUGCCUUGAGACCACAAAAGUCGCAACCUACAGCUUACCACGUAGAGUCCGGUGUCCAAGCUCCAGCCUCUUUCAGUUGGCUACCUCAGGGAAUCGUCACUGAGGUCAAGAAUCAAGGACAGUGCGGUUCUUGCUGGGCAUUCAGCGCUACUGGAGCUCUGGAAGGGGCCUACGCCUUAAGAACUGGUUCCCUCGUCAGCCUCAGCGAGCAAAACUUGGUCGAUUGCAACAGCGUCAACUUCGGAUGCGACGGAGGAUGGAUGCAGUACGCUUUUGACUACGUCAAAGACUACGGAAUUGAGUCAGAGAGAGACUACCCUUAUAGAGCUGUCGACCAGUCUUGUCAGUUCAGUAGCUCCAAAAGCGUAUUUAGAGCCGCUGGUUAUGUGAACAUUCCUAGGGGAAACGAAAACGCUUUGCUGGACGCUAUUGUCAACGUGGGCCCGGUAUCCCUAGACAUCAACGCGGACUAUUUCCAGUACUACGCUGGGGGUGUUCUCGAUGAUAGCCGCUGUGACGAACAACUGGACCAUGGAGUUUUGGGCGUCGGUUAUGGAAAUCAGAAUGGUCUCGACUACUGGCUGGUCAAGAACUCUUGGGGUGCUGAUUGGGGAGAGAACGGAUAUAUCAAAAUGGCCCGCAACAGGAACAACCAAUGCGGUGUUGCCACCGACGCAUCUUACCCACUUUUAGUGGUCCUUAAGUACACCUCGAUAAUAAAAUCAGUGAUUUUUGGUUACGUUAGGCAAAAAAUGUUUUGGAAUCUCGAUCGCAGUAAGGGAAAUAGUAUACUGUGUAACAGAAAAAUCGUAAUGAAACUUAUAAUCGUUCUCGCUUCCCUUAUUUUGGCCAUCAGCGCCACCUCUGACACAGAACUUUGGCAAGAAUUCAAGCAAAACUUUGGACGAGACUACAGAAACCUGAGGGAAGAAGAAAAACGUUUCUCCAUCUUCCAAAGCAACUUGCGCGCCAUCGAAGCACACAAUGAGAAAUACGCCAACGGAGAAUCUUCGUACUACAUGGGAAUCAACCAAUUCACAGACAUUACCCCAGCUGAAUUCAAAGCCCGAUUGAAUACCAGCGCUUCAAUAAAACCAAUUCGUACACAACCAACCACCUGGCAUGUAACAUCCGGUGUCAAAGCUCCAGCUUCCUUCAGCUGGAUACCUCAGGGAGUUGUCACUGGAGUUAAAAACCAAGGAGAUUGCGGUUCCUGUUGGGCAUUCAGCGCUAGUGGAGCUCUGGAAGGAGCUCAUGCCAUAAGUACAGGCAACUUGGUCAGCUUCAGCGAACAAAACCUUGUUGAUUGUGUCACCACCAACGGAGGUUGUGACGGGGGGUGGAUGCAAAACGCCUUCGAUUACGUCAGAGAGAAUGGAAUAGAAUCAGAAGGGGACUACCCUUACCAAGCCGUUAAUCAGGCAUGCCAGUACAGUGAAUCUAAGAGCGUGUUCACGAUUUCAAGCCACGUGACUAUUCCAGAGAGAGAUGAGAAUGCUUUGCUAGAUGCUGUUGCGAAUAUUGGUCCGGUGGCUGUAGACAUAAGGGCCGACACCAUGAUGUCCUAUCAAGGUGGCGUCUAUGAUGACACCGCUUGUGAUGAACAGAUGAACCAUGGAGCCCUCGCAGUGGGUUACGGAAACGAGAACGGCGCAGACUACUGGUUGGUCAAGAACUCUUGGGGUACCGCGUGGGGAGAGAAUGGUUACAUCAAGAUGUCCCGCAACAAGAACAACCAAUGCGCUAUCGCUAGUUACGCGUCUUACCCUGUUGUGUAAAAUAUAUUAGAUUAAUUGCAAUGUAACAGAUAACAGAAUAAACAUUUAACUUUUUUA